CGGUUUCUCACUCUCACGAGCGGCAUGAGUACGUAGGUGUGUGUGUAGCUCGACUUUAAAAGUCAGUUCUCAUGAAGAUGAUCCUAGCACCAGCAGUGUAGUACCACGUUCGCGUGAAUGAGGCGCUGAUCUCGUCCCACGUGUCUUCUGUGAAAAUGCCAGAAUAUCAACGCCCUUUCAAUUGUAAACCCGAAUUACAACAUAUUCAUAUUGAAAAUUGCUGUGCAUGCAACACAACAUAGACUAUCAUCAAGAUGUUUUCCCCCGCCCCCCGGCCACCAGCUCCCGGAGCAGGUGGGAGCACAGCAGCCCGCCGAGCGGGUCCAUCACCAAAGCAAUCGCCUGGGGCACCCGCGCGACCACUCGGCGCACCGUCACCACGCGGAGGAGGUGGAUUCUCGCCGGGGCAAAAUGUGAAAGGCAAAGGAAAGGGCGGCGCCGGUGCUACAAUGGUGUCCCCAACUACCGGCGUCGGCCCCCGUCCAGGAGGCGGCGCACCGCGCAGAUUCAACAGCCCCCCUCUCAGCCCGAACACGAACCUUGGGGGAGUCAGCCCCUCGCCGAGGGGAGGAGGCGGUGGGGGCGGCAUGAUCCUGGGGAAUAACAGUCCGAACGCGUUGCAGCAGGCGGCUCUGCGGGACGAAAUGGCAAUCGGGAGAAAUUUGCUGAACCGGAACGUUACAACCCAAGAGUUCAAGCGCGAAAAUGAGCAGCUGAAAAAGGAGAACGAGCAGCUGAAGCAGCAGAUUCGCGAUCUCAUGGCGACCACGGAUGCCAAGUUUCAAAAGGUCGUCGAAAUGAUCGAGCAGUACGUAUCCUGUGUUGUAAACACCGGUGACACCCAAGAAAUUGAGUAACUUAAUUUAUUAGUACUAUCCGAUGUUGAAUAGUCAAUGAUAGAUUGGGAACCCUGCAUCUACAUAAAUCCACGAGAAGUUUUGGGACGGGUCAACACGUCGCAUGUUGGGAAGUUUUUAUCUGUAGUGCAGCUUAGCAAUAGCACGGCCAGCCUCAUCGCAUCAUGUGCAGAAUUACGAAAACACGAACAGAAAAGCCUCUCAUCAGGAUGCGCAUUAGACAAAUGUUCCUGAUGUUGAUGCAAAUCCGCGUGACACGGUUUUUACGUAGGAUAGUACGAGGAAAAGCAGCUGAAGGAGUCCCUCCUUACCGAAGAGCAGGUAAGCAUGGCAAGAUAUGUCUGGAUUUGUGAUGCGAGACUCGUAUCGAGAGCAGGAUCUCGUAAGAGGCUUUCCGUGCUUGGAGGUAGUUCUUGUCAUGCGAUGUAACUACGAAUGUCAGUCCUCAUGACGGACAUGCCGUAUUGCCAUUCAACAGGAGACCCCUGUGUCAUGCAAGAUUCAGCAACACACUCUCGCACUCGCUGCAUCUUUGCAGAGGACCCAGACUUAUUUGCACAUGAUAGCGGGGCGGCGUAAGCAAGCGGCAGCAAAACGAGGAAUUCUUCGAAUUGAUGCAGGAAAAGCGGCGACUCGAAACGUUGGUGGAGAAAAAGAACGAGGAAGCGGACUUGCUGAACAAGCUUCUCGCCAAAAAGCAGGAGGACUUCCUCUUUUCCAUUGAGCAGUUGAAGGAUGUCAAGUCCUGGGCCAAAAAGACGAUCAAAGAGGUAGAGGAGAAAGCGGAAAUCGCAAUCAACAAGAGGGACAAGAGAAUCUACGAAUGCGUAUCAUACACGUAAAGACCGAUAGUUAUCCUACCCAAACGUAGUUGCCAUGCAAGUCUGCGUGCUCACAUGAAAGCUGUGUAGUCUACUGCGCAGCCUAGUACUAAGCAGUGCUUCUGCUUUCUAACCGUGCUUCGUGGGUAUUCGAGAUGGUCGGUUUGUGAAAACUCGCCCGCUGGUGCACCUCGCUACAUACGACUGACGGUGGGAUCCCAAAGCUGUCAUACGUGUUGUUGACUCCUACGACUUCUUGACUUGUGUAGCAAAAAAAGUAUCUAUGCUGGAGCUGCGGGUAGGUAGACGUUUUUCCCCAGCAAAGUACGAGAGAGAGAUCUAUCGGAAGCAAGAAACGGUCGACCAAGUGCUGAAAUUGCUGCACCGGGAAAAGACGAAGUGCGAAAAGUUGGUGCUUUCCACAAACGAGCUGACGCGGAUAAGCAUUGUAAAUUCAAAUAUCUCUGGGUCUGGAAAAAAUCGAAUUUCUAUUGCUUGUCGCGCAUUUUGUAGAAAAACUGUUGUGCAUGUUGACGACCACCACCGGCUGCAAAUAGAGUGCGACCUCCUGCUUAAUAUUUCUCAAGCCAAUAAAACGCAGUUUUUCCAUUGCGCGCCCCGCGCAUCCACGACAACUAUCUAAGUGACCACUCUCAUGAAAAUCUGUCAUGCACAGCUGCACUUGCGCUUGGAAGUAUAGUUGUAGAGCUAGAGUUCCAAUCAACAUCGACAAUUUUGCAUCUCAAGUUCCCACCUCCAGGAGGCGGCCCAGACGUAAAAUAUCUUUGUCGCAUUGAUAGCGGAAGCUGGAAGGCGAUUUGGAGUUCAAGCUCCGCAUUUUGAACCGCGAGGUCGAGCGCGUGAUGAAGAUCGGCGAGGACAAGUUCCGCGCAUGGCCGUUCAACAACAACACAUAUCCAGAGAAAGGAAAACUCUUACUGUUGCGACAAGGUGAUGCCAAAACUUCUUGUGAUGAGGUGCCUACCUAAAAAGCAUAUUUUUAAUCUGUCUUGCUAGAAACGCAAUUUCUCCGUGGAUAAUUUUCUGCUGUUUCGCUCUGCUCCCUAGCUAAUUCCAAACAAAUACGCAUCGGAGGCUACCUCUUUAUUGAUGUCAUGUGGAACUAGAACUGCAAAGCUUGCAAAGAAAAGUCACUUCCACAGAAGAGCUGCACAAAUUUUUCCCUGCGAUACCAUGAAUCCCGCUGUGACUGGAAAAACCGCGAAAAAUACCACCGCCAACAACGUGGACGUCAAAGCUGACACCAGCAAGAAUGACGUAGCGAAUAAAGCAGACACGGUAAGAACUGCAGGCCCUACCGACCGCGCACAGUGGUCGAAAAAGGAGCAGGCGGCGGCCGCAAGGACGCCUUCAGUCUCAUCCCCCGCCGCCGGCGCAGCAGCGGGGAGCGGAGCAAAGGGUGCAGCGGGCGCGCCGUCCUCCCCCGGCGCGGGGGGCGGAGGAAUGAUCGCAGGCGGUGACGGAAAUGUAAAUAACAAGGGUGGUAGAAAUAUAAUGAACAAAGACGCACUCGCACAUCAUGAGGACACUUCUGCGGCGCACAUGAAAAAAGGGAAACUAGUAUCACCACAUGAACCAACGCACACUUCGAAGAAAGGAUCUGGUAAAGGAAAAAAAUGAAUGUUUGUACUCAAUGUUUUGAUGGAUACGACGAGCGGUAUAGCAAG